AUGAAUAUAUCAUAUUCUCAGGGUCUGGAUGAAGUACAGUACUGCUUCCCGUCUAUAGCAAGUUCAUGUAUAAAAAGCAGUCGCUUGACAGGAGUUACUGUUGUAUUAUACAUACUGAUGGUUGGAUUGAUAAUAAUUGUUGUAUGUGGAAAUCUUGUGGUGAUUAUCUCUGUCUCGCACUUCAGACAACUUCACUCUCCUACCAACUUUUUAACACUUUCAUUAGCUAUUACUGAUUUCUUUGUUGGCCUCCUUAUCCUGCCUUUUAACAUGACGCGAUCCAUAGAAACAUGCUGGUAUUUUGGGAACACUUUUUGUAAAAUACACUCUGUAUUUGAUAUGGUUUUUACAACAGUUUCCAUGUUACAUCUUUGCUUUAUCGCCAUUGAUCGUUACUACGCAAUAUGUGACCCUCUACAUUACUCAUCAAAAAUCACAUUUCCUGUAACUGCAAUAUUUUUGUCACUAUGCUGGACAGUACCUACAUGCUUAGGUUUUGGUGUAGUUUUCACAGGCCAGAAAGGUGAUGAUAAUUUUUUGGCUUCCACUUACUGUGAAGGUUUGUGCUUUGUGGUGCUUGAUAAAUUAUGGGCGUUAAUCAUAACAGUGUCUACUUUUUUCCUACCAGCUGCAUUAAUGAUCAGCAUUUACAUUAAGAUUUUUACUGUAGCCAGAAAUCACUCAGCAGUCAUUAAUGGUUUAGCAGGCACAAUCACAACUCCAAAACAAAAACAUAGCAAGGGGUCACAAAAGGUAGAAAGAAAAGCUGCUAAAACUCUAGGACUGAUAACAGGUGUGUUUUUAUUUUGCUGGUUACCUCUUACAAUUGCAUUGUUACUUGAACGCUAUUUUAGUGUUUCAGUUUCAUCAGAAAUAUACGAAUCUUUAGGUUGGUUAGCAUAUUUUAAUUCUGCAUGUAAUCCAGUAAUUUAUGGAUUUUUUUAUCCCUGGUUUCGGAGAGCAUUUAAAGUAAUUUUAUCAGGAAGAAUAUUUACAGGAGCAUCCUCAUGUAGCAAUUUGUUUCCUGAAAAUCAUUAG